AUGUGUAUUUCUACAGACAUCCUGAAGAUUUACCACCUGUGGCACUUCACAUCUCUAACAAAACUUCAAUUGAAUAAUAAUGUUAUAGAGAAGAUUGAAAGGUUGGAAAACCUGACUAAUCUGCUCUGGCUUGAUCUGUCAUUCAAUAAUAUCAAGGUGAUAGAAGGUCUGGACACUCUUGUGAAACUUCAGGAUUUAAGUUUGUUCAACAACCGCAUUUCUGUCAUCGAAAAGCUGGAUGCUCUUCAAAACCUGAACAUCCUCUCCAUUGGAAACAAUGCAAUUGCUCAGCUUGAUAAUGUGAUAUACCUCAGAAAGUUUAAGAACCUGCGCACUCUCAACCUCGCUGGAAAUCCCAUUUAUGAUGAAGAAUGCUACAAGACAUUCGUGACAACCAAUCUUCCACAUGUGGUCUACCUUGACUACAGACUGCUGGAUGAACCGACUCGAGAGAUGGCCAUCACAAAGUAUCAGUAUGCUAUUGAAGAAAUACUACAAAAUGAGCAGCAGGAGCAACAGGCCAUGGAGGCUCAAAGAAUCAACAACCUGGAGCUUCAACUGCACAAGGAUGCCUUUGUGGAGUUCUUGAAUGGACCACAGCUGUUUAACAGCAUGUUUACUGAUGAUCCGGAUGCAGAUAUACUGACUCUCCUUCCUGGAAUGACAGCACUGCUGGAGUCAUAUCCUUGUUAUUGAAAUUCCAUUGAAGUAAAUCAACCAAAUUCUCAGUUUUGACCAAAAUCUCAAUUCAAUGUAUUUUUUAAUAAAAAAAAAACUC